UUCUCUGAGUCCCGAGCAGAGAAUUCCCUCACUCACUCCAUGAUAUCUUGUAUAUUAGAAACGUCGGCGUACAAGGCGGUCACCAUACAUUCAUUUCGCCGUGCUCGUAUGAGUGUGUAAGAGAUUGUACUUCUCCCCACAGACAUGUACCUGGAGUCGGUUCUUUCGCGCAGAAAAGUAACACUCCGAUGGAGCUCUGUAGGUCGAAGUUUCUUCUAUGUAAAGACCUCCUGAAGGAAGAUACGGGACAACAUUGAGAAAGGAGGAAGACACGUUAUUGAUCUCUUAUUACCGGUGCUUUUUUGGUUCCCUUUCGAAGUUUUAAGGACCAGCUGCAAUGGAAAUGAUUUGCGUAUAUCUCCUGCCACUCUGGACCGUUGUAAAAACUCUCAAGAAAGAAUGAAGUAAACCGCUAUGGAGCCGGACAAUGCCCUGUACUCCAAACUCAAAACAGCUGGAGUUGGGGGGAGAACUCUGAUACUCUGGACUAUUCUCUAUUGUACCUGUUUCCUGGGGCUAGCUCAAGCACACCCUGAAGAUGUGGAUGUCUUACAGCAGCUGGGGCUCACAGGGACAAGGAGCGGAGGGGGUUCAUCGUCCUCAGGGGCCCGUGCUGCUCCCCAGGGGGUCAUCCCCUUUAAGUCUGGGGUCAUCCUCACCCAGCGGGCCCGGGUCCAGGCCCCCCUGUCUUCCAUCCUCCCCACUGCCUCCUAUCCCACCACCAACCUCUCUCUGAUCCUCAGCCUGAGCUCCCACCGCAUCAACAGCGCCUUCCUCUUCACCGUCCUGUCCAAGAGGAAGAGACUGCAGCUGGGGGUCCAGUUCAUCCCGGGGAAGGUCCUGGUCUACGUUGGCCAGAAGGACUUUGUCCAUUUUGACUAUGACGUUCACAACGGCCUGUGGCACAGCCUGGCCCUGGACAUCCGAGGCCAGAGGGUCUCGUUAUAUACUUCUUGUGGGAAGACUAGUGUACAUGCAGAUCUGCAUUCUAAAAAAGAAGAGGCCCUGGAUCCCGAGGGCUCUUUCCUCUUGGGUAAGAUGGCCCAGAACUCAGUGCAGUUUGAGGGUGCCAUUUGCCAGUUUGAUAUUUACCCCUCUGCCAAGGCAGCUCAUAACUAUUGUAAGUACAUAAAGAAACACUGCAGGGAGGCCGACACCUACAGGCCUGUAUAUCUCCCACCCCUGCUACCUCUGAUCCCCUCAAACCCAAACUUUACUGUCACCCUCAACACUCCUCUGCUGUCGACUGAGGUAACCAGGAAAGUCCAGAGUCCUAGUCUGGUCUUGACUGGGGACAGAACCCGGACUAAGCUUGUUGUCCCGACCAGCCGCCCCACAGUGGCGCCAACCCUCUCUGUGCGUGAGAGUUUUGUCACACCAAAGUCUGGAACUAUGUCCCUGUCCCUUCCUGCGACUGUAGCCCCGACAAUGGCCAGGCCAGGAUUAGAGCACCCCUUAAUGGCCAAGACUCACACUGUUACUGUACCCCUCAGGACCAGCGGAACACAAACAUCCCCAAAGCCAACAUCCCGUGGCGACAGCAGUACUAAAAAGAGCAUGGCGGUGGAACCUGGUGUUAAAACCCCAAAGCCCAUAGGGAGCAGAUUGGCUGCUGCACCAACCCUUUCCGCCACCACCCGGCCACUAAAGAGGAAGCCAGACCUCCAAACCACGGCAGCAUCCAAACAAGGCUCUUCUUCAAACUCAAACACCUCCAUCCUCUACAUCCAGAGAAAGCAGCUGACCGUGCUGGCUGCAAAGAAACCUGAGCCCAGAGUGACCAGUGUGGAGGCUGUCAGACCCACCUUGUUUAUCUCUGUCACUCCACCUGCCACAGAUGGCUUCCAAACCUGGGACCUGGAACCGACCCAGUUCUCACUGCUGGCUGGGCCGGGACCACCUGGACUAAAGGGAGAACCAGGACCAGCGGGACUUCAAGGACCUCCUGGGAAGCCAGGGAUGCCAGGGAAGAGUGGGUCACGGGGUCCUCCUGGUCCCCAUGGAAACCCUGGUCGCCCGGGACCCCCUGGACUCAAGGGACGAAAAGGAGACCCUGGCCUUUCACCUGGCAGAGCACCAAAAGGAGAAAGAGGAGACCGUGGUGCUUCAGGACCCCCUGGACUGACUGGUCAAGUUAGCAGAAAGGGACAGAAAGGACACCCUGGUCCCCCCGGUCAACCAGGAGAUUCUGGUGAGCAAGGAGCACACGGAAGCCCAGGGGCCAAAGGUUAUCCUGGCAGGCAGGGUUUACCUGGACCUGUUGGAAUUAUGGGGCCUAAAGGAGUCCGGGGUUUCAUAGGAAUCGCGGGGCUUUUUGGCCUUCCUGGACCUGAUGGUGAGAGAGGUAUUCCUGGUGAUCGUGGCAAGAAGGGCAAGAUGGGUAGGCCGGGGUUUCCCGGCGACUUUGGCGAGCGGGGACCACCAGGACCAGAUGGAAACCCAGGCGAGCUGGGAGCCCCUGGUCCUAAUGGAGUGCCCGGGCUCAUUGGAGACAUGGGUCCUUUAGGGAUGAUGGGUUUGCCAGGACCAUGUGGACUCAAGGGGGUACCAGGAAAUCCAGGAGAACCAGGACUGAAAGGUGAUAAGGGUGAAGUUGGUCUUCCAGGGGAGCAAGGAGAGAAUGGAUUCCAAGGUGACAAGGGUAUCCAGGGUUCACCUGGGUUGCUAGGUGUUCAAGGGAAACCAGGGCAACAGGGGGUGACCGGUGACCAAGGACCUGAUGGUAUACCUGGCCCUCCUGGCCAAGAGGGUUUCCCAGGAGACAUCGGCCCACCAGGUCACAACGGCCCUGAAGGCCCAAAGGGGAAGCCAGGGAACAGAGGAUUACCAGGGCCUAGAGGAACAGCUGGACUAGAGGGCGAUGAGGGGCCACUGGGACCACCUGGGUCAACAGGACCAGAGGGCAGACCUGGAAGGCAUGGAUUCCCGGGGGAAACAGGAACCGAAGGAUUGAAGGGUGAGACGGGAAUAACUGGAGAGGUCGGAAAGCUUGGAGAGAGGGGACUUGUGGGUUUUAUCGGGCCUAAUGGGGAGACAGGCCUAGCAGGAGAAAAGGGGGACCGUGGGGAGAUGGGCUUGCCUGGACCGCCAGGGGAAAAGGGGGCGAUGGGUCAUCCCGGAACUCCUGGAGAGUGUGGCCCCUCUGGACCUCUAGGGAUACCAGGCCAAGCCGGAUCAAGGGGUCUCGGUGGGAUCAGAGGAAUCAAAGGCAGGAGGGGUCCGAGGGGUCCUGAUGGUCCCGCUGGGGAGAAGGGGUCAGUUGGCGGAAAGGGUCUUGAUGGUCCACCAGGAAAAUGUGGCUUCCCAGGGGAGAUGGGAAAUAUUGGGGAGCCUGGGGAAGCUGGGCCUAAAGGAUUUCCAGGUCGCCAAGGACUCUCAGGACCUCCAGGUGCCAAAGGAAUAGCAGGAGAGCUGGGACCAACUGGGCCACCAGGAACAAUGGGUCCCCUGGGACAGAUGGGCCUCAAGGGUCCCCCUGGAAAGGUUGGGGAGUGGGGAUUGCCAGGAGAACCCGGAGAGAAGGGUGCCCUUGGACCAGCGGGAAACCUCGGAGAGCAGGGCCUCAUCGGACAGAGGGGUGAGAUGGGAAUCGAUGGAGAGGCUGGACAGAGUGGACCAGAUGGACCUAAGGGCGAGAAGGGUGACAUGGGACCGGAGGGGGGUAAAGGAGAGAGGGGUGAGAUCGGACUGAAAGGAAAGGAAGGGUCUCCUGGACCUCCUGGCUUAGUGGGCAUGAGGGGUCAGGAGGGUAAACCUGGCAAGUUUGGUGAAAGAGGAAAACCAGGGGAGAAGGGCAGCAAGGGUCAUAUGGGUCACCUGGGAGAGACUGGGCCAAUUGGUGAACAAGGAGAGGCAGGAUUUGUCGGGCCGAAAGGAUCGAGAGGAACCAUUGGACCAGUGGGUUCCCCGGGUAGAAUGGGCCAACAAGGCGAACCAGGCAUGCCAGGAUAUGAGGGCCACACAGGACGACAGGGCACACUGGGACCUCCUGGACCAAAAGGUGAAAAGGGGGAACAGGGAGAAGACAGUAAGGUGGAAGGCCCUCCUGGUCCACAAGGUGACAGAGGUCCUACUGGAGACAGGGGAGUCCGAGGAGAACCAGGUGACCCCGGAUACUUAGGCCAGGAAGGAGUGGAUGGAGAAAGAGGCAAGGCUGGAGCAACUGGACUACCUGGACAUCCUGGAUCAAGGGGAAUACAGGGGCCAAAAGGAUCCAAAGGUGAUCAAGGUCAGAAAGGCAAAUGGGGGAAGCGAGGUGAAUCUGGGACCAAAGGACCACUGGGUCCAGAGGGUCAUACUGGCCCAAAGGGAGUUGUGGGCAGAGAAGGCCUUGAGGGCCAGCCUGGAAUGGACGGCCAUCCUGGGAAAGACGGAGACAAAGGAGUAAAGGGUGAGCAAGGGGACGACGGAGAGUUUGGUAUUAUCGGCAAAGCUGGAAACCACGGUAAAACGGGCGUGCCAGGGCUUCCAGGCGAUCAGGGCCUCUUUGGAUCGAAGGGUGAGAGGGGUCUCCCAGGCCAAACUGGACCUUUAGGGAAAAAAGGCCACAUUGGUGGAAUGGGGUUGCCAGGGAAACAGGGUCACCAGGGACCCAAAGGACAGCCUGGUGACACAGGUGAAUCAGGGUACCCAGGGGUUCUCGGAAUGUUUGGACCAAAGGGACCUCCAGGAGAUCUCGGCCCAGCUGGGAUACAAGGACCAAAAGGGCCACAUGGAUUGAUGGGCAAUGUUGGUGCCAUAGGCCCAGUUGGUAUCAUCGGACCCAGUGGUAGUCCAGGACCCCAUGGUGACAAAGGGAGUCGAGGGGAGACGGGGGUGCAAGGACCAAGGGGCCUUCCUGGUCCACGUGGACCACCCGGGCCCCCAGGUCUUCCUGGUUCUCUGACAUUUAGAAAGGAGGCUAUUGGAGCUGCUUUCCAAGUCAUUAUUGAUUCCCAUGCUGCACUGAGGUCAGAGAGUUACCAUGUCAUGGACCUGCCCAUGUUGGACCACCAGGGUACAGAGAUCUUCAAGACCCUCCACUACCUCAGCACACUGAUCCAGAGCCUGAAGAACCCGCUAGGCACCCACGACAACCCAGCACGCAUCUGCCGAGACCUCAAGGACUGUGAACAGAGGAUGAACGAUGGCACUUACUGGGUCGACCCAAAUCUCGGCUGCUCGGCUGACACAAUCGAAGUGACGUGUAACUUCAGCAGCGGCGGCCAGACCUGUCUGAAACCCAUCACAGUAUCCAAGCUGGAGAUUGGUGUAGGUCGCAUCCAAAUUAACUUCCUCCACCUCCUGAGCUCUGAGGCAGUGCAACACGUCACCAUCCACUGCCUGAACGUCCCUGUGUGGGCCAACAGUUCCUCCCUGGAGCCCUCCCCCACCGCUGUGCGCUUCAAGGCCUGGAGUGGAGACAUGAUCCAGGCUGGAGGACUCUUAGAGCCCCACGUUGUGAGGGAUGACUGCUGGAUCAAAGAUGGCCGCUGGCACCAGACCCAUUUCAUCUUCCAGACCCAGGACCCCAACUUACUCCCCAUCCUGAACGUGUAUAACCUACCAGCCACAGAGCCUGGCUCACACUACCACCUAGAGGUGGGCCCUGUGUGCUUCCUAUAGAGGCCUGUUGUUAUAGAAGCCCAAAAUACAUUACAUACACAGCCUCCUCAUAGGAGUGACUUAAGGGGGAUGGUGGAGGUUAGGAGGGGCUCCCUGUCCCCAUAUACUGGGGCCCAUCAGGAGAUGCAGGGCAGGUCAGGUCCCUUACCCUGCAGCAUAUGCUCGGACUGCAGAAACAGAAAGGGGGCGCCAUUGAGGGACUGACCAGGAGAAACUGCAGAGAUACAAUGGGGCAUCUCACACUAUAGUUCCUACUGCCUGCCUGAGGAGAAGAUAUUAAGCUUUGGCUUCUUUCAGGGACUUGUUUUACUGUUGCACAGUAUGAGCCCUGAAUGCCAGAGUGAGAGAAAAUAAUAUGACAAUCUCUCUUCUGACAUCACACUUGGACAACAUUUUUAAAUUAUUCCUUUUCAUGGUCUGCACUCAACAUGUAAUGAAAGAUGUAUAAAGUAAUAGGGAACUAUUAUACAUGUAUUAGCAUGUUAUGCAGUACAUCUUGUUAAAAUGUCACACAUAUACAUAUUAUUUAUACAUGUUACAUGUAUAUCUUAAUAUAAAAGUGCAAUAGACAUCUCCUUCUGCAACUUUUCAAAGCAAUUCAGGUUUACAGUGAUCUCAAAACAUUGGAUAUAAUAGUAUCAUAACAUUCAGGUGUAGGAAUAGUUCCUAUCAUACAUCCACAGGUGUAUGCUUUCCAGCCAUCUUCUCCUGCCUAGUCUGCAGAUGAGGUAUGAAUCUACUUGUACUUGUGAAUUGGUGCAGAAGAAAUGCCCACCAGGCUAUAAAAACUAUUGCAUUCACACACACAAACAUGUCUGAUGUGCGUUUCCCUAGUCAAGUGAAUUGAAGCUUGUAAGAGAGAGUGGAUCCAGAAGAGUGUCAGUCUGUCUACCUCUCAUCGAGCUAUGGUGCUUUCAACUGAGAAACAGAGACGACACCUGAUACCUGGUGCUAAAAUAAUUAACCGACUCCCGUGGUGGGUCUUGUUUAAUCUUGACAGAAUAUAUCUACAUGCCUUUUAUACUUCAAAAGGGAAUAUUUUUUUAUACAUUACGAAUGCAAGUAAUUUUUAAAAAAUCAAACUCACUUUUCAAGCUAACAAAACAGCGUUUUCCCCCUGCAUCAUCAUUGUAUCCCCUUUGUCCGAGUCUGAAGCUAUUAUUGAAGAUUUAGGUCUUGUUUUUAUUACUUGUUGAAUGUAUAUAAUUAUGCAAAGCUUUUUGUUGUAUACAGUGGAUCCCAACAUGCUAAUUUAUGUUAUUUAAUGUCCAUGGGUUUUGCGACUUUGUCAUCUAUUACACUUCCCAUCAUCAGAGCAUUUGUUAUUUUGCAUACAUUUGUGGCUUCAUGGAUUUCGUUAUCUUUUUUCUUCUUCGAAACUGUACUGUAUUUGGACCGUUUAAUGCUUUUACACUUACUGUUUUAC